ACACGCGAAUCGUUGUUCUCUCUCUUAACACCGAAGCGUCUAAUACGCUACAAUCUGCUCUAUAAGUGUACUUAAAAGUAGCCUCCUUUUGAAAAAGAAAAAUUCUCUCCGGCGUUGCAGAGAGUUCUGUUAAUGGCUUCCGCCAAGGUUGAUAAUCGGGCCUCAUUUGGAUCAAAAAGGUCUCGUAAUGAUGGAAUUGUCGUUUGCGGCUCUUUCAAAAUGCUAGGUGGAUAGAGCCUAUAGGUGCAAGACCAAAUGAUGCCUGUUUUUUAUAGCAUAUGAUGAAAAGCUUUCAUUCAUUCAUUCAACCAAAAGCACUCUGAACCGGGGAAAUAUAGAUAAGCUCCUCGAGAAUUUUGUGAACUAUCCAUGUUCAAGUUUAAAAAAGUUUCACGCAAUGAUGGAGAUUGGACCUGUCCUCAAUGUGGUAAUCUGAACUUUGCAUUCAGAACUGUUUGCAAUCGUGGAAAAUGUGGUGCAGCCCGGCCAAUCACUACUCCGAGAAUAGGAUAUUCCCCUGUUCCUAGCCCUUUUAACCACACUCCCUUUUAUCUUGGAGGUGUUGGGGCUUCUCCACCCUUGCCUCUUGGAAUGCCCAACAGCUACGGACCCCCAUUCUCACCGUCUGCAAUGAGAUAUGAUUAUGGUGGAGUUCCUGGAAGUGCAACAGGACAUUAUGGUCUUCUUUCUGCAUUUCCACCUGGUCCUUUUGGAGGAAUGGGUUAUGGUCCAGGAUUUGGUUACGGUGGAUCUCCUUUGCCAAUGCCAGGUCCAUGGUCUGUAGGAGCUAUAUCUGAUAACAGUGCUUCUCGGAAGCGUCGUGGAGGACCAGAUGGUUUGUCUGAAGGUGAUUGGGUUUGUCCCAAGUGUGAUAAUGUAAACUUUGCCUUUAGAACAACAUGCAACAUGAAGAAAUGUGGAACUCCAAGACCCUCUUCUGUAUCCCAGAAGGCAGUUGGAGAUGUAGCAGAUGUGAAAACCUCAACUACCCUUUCCGAAUGGUAUGCAACCGGAAGGGGUGUGGGAAUGAGAAGCCAGCUCCUGGGAAGUAGUAAAAUCCUUCAGUCAUAUGGCAAGCACUAAAUUGAGUAAAUUCUGUUUAGGAGCGUCUUAGCCUUUAAAAUCGGAGAGGAUUUGGAAAUCACAUGGGAGUACAUUCUUUUUGUCAUCUACAUGAAUUGCCUUUUUUUUGUUUUGUUUUGUUUGUGUGUGUGUUAAAGUGAAGAGGUGUUCAUACUGCAUAUAUAUUUGAUAGCACAUUGAGUCUGGGUCUUGAAUGCCGAAAAAUACUUAAGUUGGCAUCACCCGAUUUUGUGUUAAAUUCCCAAGACAAAAUGUUUCCUUGUUCUGAUGAAUGCUUUCUAGGCCUCAGUUAACAGCAACCAUGGCCUCUUGUUUA